GGAGUCUGACUGGAGCCGCUGAAAGGAGAAACUACAGCGGGAGGAAACGCAGGCUGUCGGUCGUUCUAGCACAAUUUUGACAGCGCUUUUGCUUUAAAAUGGCGUGUCACAGUCCGUACAGAGCUCCCCCGCACAUCAACGCUCCUCCGGACCAAGGGUUUUUGUGGAAUAUCUUCCAGAGGGUUGACAAGGACCGGAGCGGAGUGAUAUCAGACUCGGAGCUUCAGCAGGCCUUAUCAAAUGGCACAUGGACUCCUUUCAACCCUGUGACAGUUCGCUCCAUCAUAUCCAUGUUUGACAGGGAGAAUAAAGGCGGGGUGAACUUCAACGAGUUUGCCGGCGUGUGGAAGUACAUCACAGAUUGGCAGAACAUCUUCAGGACCUAUGACAGAGACAACUCUGGCUUCAUAGACAAGAUCGAGCUCAAGCAGGCACUGACUGGAUUUGGCUAUCGUUUAUCAGACCAGUUCUACGGCACGCUGAUAGAGAAGUUUGAUCGCCAGAGGAAGGGACAGGUGGCCUUUGAUGACUUUAUUCAGUGCUGUAUUGUACUUCAGAGGUUGACUGAUGUGUUCAGGCGGUACGAUACAGACCAGGAUGGCUGGAUUCAGGUUUCAUAUGAACAGUAUCUAUCCAUGGUCUUCAAUAUAGUAUAACGCACACUGAGCGCCACAGAAGAGCACAACUGGACACAACUGUGCCAAAUCUACCGGCGCCACCGGGAUGUCUGCCAUAGUUGACACUACAAGAUUUUUUUUAACGUCUAGGUUUUCGCCCCGGUUGGGCCGUUUCACGCCAAAUGAAAUAAAACUGAUCUGAGAAAUAUCAAAACCUUUUUGUAAGGUUGUAAUAUUCUUCAUAUUUCAGUAUUUAUCUGGAAGUCCUAUAGAGCUUAAUGUGUUUAAAAAAAUCUUGUAGUGUUUUGUUUUUUGUCUUGAAUGAUGUUGGAGGUCAUAGAUUGGGGAAUAUUAUGGACACAUGUCUUGUCUGUUAUUGUCUACAAACUUUUAAAUGUCUUAAUGUUAAUGGAUACAAUUAAAAAUAUCUCAGUUGAGAGUAAAAAUGCAUUGUAAAUAUGAUUUAUGGUGCAUUGCAUGCUUUUCAGGGAAGCCUUGACCCACAUUGAAGCAUGCAGUCCUCUUCUCUUGUCUUUUCCUUGGCCCUGUUUUGCUCAAAGCCAUG